AUGGCCUAGAAUUGUGUUGGGGACGUGCUGUCCUUGGGCUGUGCCCCACAGGGGACAGCCAUGGCUAGCUCCGCCCUGGGAGCCAUCCUCGCUGUGCUGGCCUCGCUCAUCAUCACUGCCAAUGUGCUGGUAGCCAUCGCCCUCCUCUACCUCAUCCAGAAGAGCGGCUCCAAGGGGCUCUAUUUUGUCCUUAAUCUUGCUGUUGCGGAUGCUAUGGUUGGCUUCACAGUCACGGGUCUGGUCAUGGAUGAGUUUUCCCAGCCCUUUUAUCCUCCCCAGAUCUUCUGCGUCCUGAGAAUGGCUUUUGUGACCUCCUCUUCCGCUGCCUCUAUCCUAUCCCUGAUUCUGGUUGCGUGCGACAGGCACCUGGCAAUCAGGAAGCCUUUCCACUAUUUCCAGCUGGUGACAGGCCUGCGGGUUGCGGUGCGCUUGGUGGGGCUCUGGCUGGUUGCUGCCAUCAUCGGCUUCCUCCCAGUCUUCAUCCCGGGCUUUCAGAAGAUCUCCAUCCAUGAGAAGUGCUCCUUCUUUAGAGUCUUCCACCCCGCCUACGUGUUCACUGUCUUCUGCGUCGGCUUCUUCCCAGCGCUCUUUCUCUUCAUUUAUCUCUACUGCAACAUCCUGAAAAUUGCCUCUGUGCAUGUGCAGCAUAUCCGGGAAGUGGAGCACGCAGGGCUGGUGGGGGGCUGCCCCCCGUCCCGCACCACCAGUGACAUGAAGGCCAUGCGCACUGUUGCCGUGCUCAUCGGGUGCUUCACGCUGUCCUGGUUGCCGUUCUUCAUUGCCAGCAUCGUGCAAAUGGUCUGUCCUGAGUGCUUCCCCUACCAAGUCAUUGACAACUACCUCUGGCUGCUGGGACUGUGCAACUCCCUCCUGAACCCCCUGCUCUACUCCUACUGGCAGAAGGACGUGCGGCUGCAGCUCUCCAAGCUGGCUGCAGGCGUGAAGAGGAGAGUCCUCCUUCACCUGGGGAACCGUGGCCGUUUCCCUGGCAGAGGCACCAAGGCCCUCCCCGCCGUGUCCUGCCUGCGGCUCCAGGACUGA